AACAUCUGUUUUUAACAUAUUUUGGAUAGCAUGGAUAAAAUAUUCACAAAAGUUCUUAUUUGUAUUUGGCUAAUUGUUAUCUCGUUUACUACAAUUCAAUCCGCUAGCGAUCAAGAUCUGUGCAACUUGUGUGCUAAGGAUGGAAAAAGUUACUACGAUCAUAUAUACUGCAUGUUUCCAAAUCCAGGACCCGCAAGUAAAAAAGGAUGCAGAAAUGUAGAUAUCUCUACGAUAACAGACAGUUUCAGGCAGAAAGUUCUUCAUUGGCACAACGAUUAUCGGAACAAAUUCGCAGAGGGAACAUGGCCCGAACAAAGCGGGAAGAACUUUCCAAAAGCGGCCAACAUGAGAUACUUGCAUUAUGACUACCAACUAGAAAAACUCGCUAGGAGAAAUGUGCAAAAUUGUUACUACAAUCAUGAACCUUGCAGACGAGUAGGACGUUUUGCAUAUGGACAAAAUUUAGGUUACGAGUCACAUUCAGAUAAAAACAACCUUCCCCCAGACUCUGAAUCAACAUGGAAUGCUUGGGUUAAUGAAAUGAAAGAUUUCGAUGUCAAAGACGUAGCUGAAUUCGGAAAUGGUCAACAUACGGGCGUGGUCAACCAUUUUGUGGCAACGACUUGGGCCGAAACCAGAGUUGUCGGUUGCGCUCAAUCAAUAUACGAAACAGAAGGCAUGUACAGAAUUGAAGUUGCUUGCAACUACGGCCCCGCGGGUGUGAUUGUCGGUUUGCCGAUGUACUUAGCAGGAGAUCCUGCUACCAAAUGUCCAGAGGGGACGAAGGCCGGCUUUAACGCAACUUUUCCCAAUCUCUGUGGAGGAAUUAAUAACGAAGAUAUUCCAUUCUUUGAUCCAAAAGAAGCCGCCGGAACCAAUGUCAGAAUAAGCAUUAUUCUUAAAAUACUUUUAGCGUGUUAUCUCAUACUUGUUCUGGAUUUGCGAAAUUGAAGGUCUAGCGACGCGCAAGGUGAGAAGAAAUAGCCAUUAUAUUUGCAAAAAUAAAACUACUUAAAAAAAAAA